GUCCCAACAAGAAAAAAAAAGGAAAAGAAGAAGAAAAAGAAAAAUAAAAAUAGAGAGAGAGGUCUCGUCUCCUCCGUCGUCCUCCCGCGCGAGUUCUCCCGCCGCCUGCGCCGAUCUCCGGCGAGCAGGGCCGCCGUCGUUCCUGCUGUUUCCGUUGCAUCAUCACCGCAGUUUUGUUCUUCCCAAGAAGCUUCCAUGUCCCACGUUAGAUCCGCCGCUGGCGCUCCUAGGUUGGAUAAUUCACUCACGAGGAGGCGCCGGAGCAGCGGCACGCCGAGGCGGCCCAGGCCGGAGAGCAGCCCUGCGGCGGAGAAGCCAGACGCCUCGUCUUCGUCGUCGGCUGCUGCCGCUGCGGCUGCUUCAGAUGAGGAUGCUGCCAGCUCCGACGGCGAGGUCCCAAGGAGGGAGGUUCAUCUCGACGGCGGCCCUUCUCCGGAUCGUGCCACCGAGGGCGUCCUGUCCCCUGCUAAUCCGAGAGGCUUGCACAAGACCAAGGGGAGCAACCAGCUGCAUUCAGAGGGAUCAGUUGGUGGUGGUGGUGGUGGUAGUAGUAGCCAUGGCGCGCGUGUUAUGACGGCGAAUCAUGAGCCGUCGACCGGUGAUAAGACAAGGAAGUUGAAGCUCAAGAUCGGUGGAAUCCGCCGCAGCGCGCCUGCCAAACCGAGCCCCGACGUGUCGGAUUCCAGGUCCUUGCCUGCAAAGCCCCCGCGGCCGGGAGAUUUACAGCAAAGGCAAAAACAUGGUAAUAAGGCUGAAGGCACAAAAGAUUCCAGUAGGCUGCCCUCUUCACGAGACAAGAAAACCAAAAAGGAGAAAUCAAUUGAGGAUGCAUCAACUCCAGAACAACCCGCGAAAUUUCAGAGAGAACCAUCUUCAGAUCCUGUCCGGAAGAGUAGGAGGCUUUCUAAGAAACCCAUUGUGGACAGUGAAUUAGAUGAGGACUAUGAUACAAAUAUUGUUGAAGAUCUUGGAACUUCUGAAGGCACAGAAGUCCAUACUCGUGAGCCUACAAAAAAAGUUGGAAGUAGCUCUAAGAAGAAUACCACAAAGAAAGCUAAAAGUAGGAGCACAGCGUAUGAGAUCGAUAAUGAUUUUGUUAGUUCUCGAUCAAUCAGGGAUAGCAAGAAAAGGUCUAGGGAAUCUACUGAUGUUGAUAAUACUGAAGAGGAACCUGCAUCCGACAAUGAGCUUGAUGCAAAAAACAGGAAGCAAAAGUCAGUCACGGAAUCUCCUUCUAAUGUCAGAAGUGAGCCCUUGACAACACGUCGCCGUGCCCUUCAAUCAUGGAUGGAUGGGAGCAGCAACAGUGCUAUUGAGUUCCCUGAUGGUUUACCAUCAGCUCCUUCUAGAAGCAAGAAGGAUAAGCUUUCUGAAGAGGAAAUGCAUGCCAAGAAGGCAGAGGCCGCUCAGCGGCGCAAGAUGCAAGUGGAGAAGGCUACUAAAGAAAGCGAGGCUGAAGCUAUAAGGAAAAUUUUGGGCCUGGACUCAGAGAAGAAGAAAGAAGAGAGGAAGCAAAAGGAGCGAGAGGAGAAGGAGAGAGCAGCCAGAGCUCAAACUCUUCCUGGAAACACCAUCAGGUGGGUCAUGGGGCCAUCGGGCACCGUGGUUUCAUUCCCAGAAGAAGUAGGCCUCCCCAGCAUCUUCAACUCCAAGCCUUGCAACUACCCUCCCCCACGAGAGAAAUGCGCUGGACCGUCCUGCACGAACGCGUACCGGUAUAGGGACUCCAAGCUGAACCUCCCCCUUUGCAGCCUGAAAUGCUACAGAGCCGUCCAUGGGAAUGCCUGAUUGGCAGGACGCUGGCAUAUUCGCUGUUUUCGCGAUCAGUUCUGUUCUGUUCUAUAUACUGGUGGAUGUAAGAUAGGAAGAUUACCCCUCGCGAUGCAUAUCUGUAGUUGAGAUGAGUUGAUAGAAAAGAUAAAGCUGUCCAAUAAGCGCCUGCAUGCAUCAUGUCUGGCUGUCUUCGUAUUUACAUACAUACAUGUAGAUCUGUCUGUACAAAGAUUUCAUACUGCAGCAAUCUGUGUUCAGGGCUUGUGAGCAGAUGUACUGCUGCUGCUGGCCCCUGAUGCCUGUUUUGCAGACAUAUAUUAUGUAAUGUAAUAUGCAUAUGGAGAAGCAGAAUAAGUUGUAGGUAUCUAAAGUGGCUGUUUCAUUUCUUCAUUCAGU